AUGUUAAACGAAACUUCUGAAGAAAAUUUAUUAGAAUUUUCGAAAAAAAUGUUGGACGCUGCCUUUGGACUUAGUGAGAAUAAUAUAAAAGAAACACCGUCUACGGCCGAAGAUCCAACUAGUGUACAAACUUCAACCUUUAGUCCCUUGCCUAUUGCGUUAGAGUCUAAAAUAAAACCUCGGUCUGAAAAAAAAAAGGUUAAAAUAAAUAUGCCUUCAUUUCAAAGUCAGCCUGUUAAUGACCAUAAGAAACAAGCCUCAUCAGAUUCGGCAACCUCUUUCAAAGUUAAAAAUUCAAAUAUUUUUGACACUAUUAGUGAUACUUUAACUAAUUUUAAUUUAAAAGAGGAUACGACCGAGACACCAUUAAGAAGUCCAGGGCUCAUGGAAAUGAGACUAAAGAGGAAGUCAAUUAUGGUUUCAGAGGAAGAAGACCCAAAUUGUUCAGUAAAUUCUGAUGAACUUCACAUUGAAACGGACAAUCCAUCCCAUUUAUUCUGGGUACCAGCACAUUUACAUCCGGAGAUAGCUCCAAAUGAAUUUAGAAAGUGGUUAAAAUAUUAUGCUAAAGAUGAAUUCAAUUCUGGGUUAACAUCUUUAAGGAGGCGUAAAUCAACUCUUUCUAAGCAAUAUAUUCCUUCAGAAGUUGAAGAUGAUGAGGAAACAACGGAUAACAAGGAGGAAUCAGAGAAAAAAAGCUCUGGAUUUGAUUGGGAAUCCUUUGGCGAAUCAGAUGGGAUUAUUAGCCAUUCUUCUGAAUCAACAAAAUUGAAUAUAUUACGGAGAAGUCUAAGUUUGAAUCUUCCACCGUUUAUAGGAGGCACAAUUUCUAAUCCUAAUGAUCCAAAUAUAUUUGAUCGACAUUCGUCUCCUGAUGUGGACUCAAAAAUUCUUGUACCAAGAAUGGCUCCAGCGCUUAAACGUACCGCACGUACAAAAAUUCGUCGAAAUUCUGUUGCUGGAGAACAAAAUCCUAGAAGAUUCUCAGCACAUAGAAGAACAAGAUCUACACAUGUAUCUUCUGAUAAAAGAAAACGGUCUGAAGAUAAAAUAAUGUCAAAUAUACCAAAAAAAAGAUCAGAAUCCGCUCUUUCAAUUCCUUUUAUCCCACCACAAGUUGAUACUGAAAAAAUAGAUAUGAACUUUACUGAUAAUUAUAAUAUAAUUUCUAAUGAAAUGGUUGAUGAACCUGAAGAAAUAUCAAAUAACAUUGAGCUUGAUUGUAUUGAUGUUAAAGAUGGUAUGGGACCCAUACGUAUUGUAUUAGAAGACAAUGAUCCUGAAGCCAACGUUACUCCAUCUCAAAGAACGAGCUCGUUAUCAUCAGAUGCAGAUCAUUCAUUCAGUAAGUUAGGGGUAGAACCUUCACAUGACAAAUCAAAUUUAUUACAAGUUGACACAUCUAUACAACCUGGAACUGCUUCAACGACUCCACCAACAUCACCAGCAUCACCAACAACGGCACAGGCGUCAACAAAACGUACUUCUGCAUGGUCAUGGUUAUGGUCCGGAGGGUCAGAGGAAAAAUUAAAAGAAGGUGAAAAAGAUAAAGAGGAAAAGAAAGAAAAGGAAUCAAAGCCUAAAAAGAAAGAGAAAGAAGGUGAAAAAGAUAAAGAGGAAAAGAAAGAAAAGGAAUCAAAGCCUAAAAAGAAAGAGAAAGAGAAAGAAGGUGAAAAAGAUAAAGAGGAAAAGAAAGAAAAAGAACUAAAGCUUAAGAAGAAAGAGAAAGAGAAAGAAGGUGAAAAGGAUAAAGAGGAAAAGAAAGAAAAAGAAUCUAAACCUAAAAAGAAAGAGAAAGAGAAAGAAGGUGAAAAGGAUAAAGAGGAAAAGAAAGAGAAAGAAUCUAAACCUAAAAAGAAAGAGAAAGAGAAAGAAGGUGAAAAGGAUAAAGAAGAAAAGAAAGAAAAGGAAUUAAAACCCAAAAAGAAUAAAUUAGAUAAACCAGAUAAAGUUGAAAAGACUGAAAAAUCUGAAAAAUCUGACAAAAAUGACAAAAAUGAGAAAGAGAAUAAUGAUUUAGCAGUUAAAGAAAAGGAUAAAGAGAAAUCACCGAAAAUAUCACUUUCAUCUAUUUUUUCAUGGCCUUCUCAGAAUAAGGGGAAAUCAUCGGAGGAUUCAUCAACAACCACAAUAUCCACUACACCUUUACCACAACCUACCACUCCAAACAAGAAAACAAAAUACACAAACUAUAAUCGUCUUCCGAUUCAUGUAGAACGUGCAAUCUACCGUCUUUCGCAUAUUAAACUCGCAAAUCCACGACGUCCAUUGCACGAACAAGUGCUCAUUUCCAAUAUGAUGUUUUGGUAUUUGUCGUUAAUAAAUAAACAACAAGUUGAAAAUGGAGAAGGUGGUAAUCCAAAUGCUGAGAUGGCCGUACAGAUAGUGAAAAGUAAGGUAGGUAAAGAGAAAGCUGGUCGCAAACGAAGAAAAGGAGAAAAGAAAUCGGGUUUAACAAGAAAAGGAGCAGGAUCUAGUGCAGAGAUAGCAUAUAAAGCUCCACAAUAUGACAUGAAUCUAAUACCGCUGUCAAAUGAAUUUGAAGAGGUAUCUGCAGAAGAUUAUAGUGAUAAUGAUUAUCAAAGUGAAGAAGAGAUCAAAACACAUAGUUAUCAGUAUUAUAAUGAUGAAUAUCUUUCCGAUGGAACUGAUGGUGGAUAUCUUGAUGAGACUAAUGGAAGGAUUGAAAGUAGUCAUGGUGGAGAUUUAUUAAAUUCUAGUGCAGAAUUUGAUGAUAAAAUAGGAGAAAGUAGUAGUGGAGAUAAAAAUAUCAAGAAUUACGUUCGAUCAUCUAAUGGACGAUCAAAAUCACCAACUGGCAAAAGACCAUCACCCAAUGGAAGGUCAACUUCUCCAACUUCAAAAAAUCGUAACCCAGUUUCAUCAGAUGUGCAAAGAAAAUCAGUGCCACCGUCCAAUACUCGUAAAUCCGUUAAUGUAUUAAGGAAUCGCGCUUCGA